CUAGGGUUUUGCUUUCUCUCUCCUCUUGUGCCUCUCUCACUCUCUCUCUCUCUCUCUCUCUCUGCAUUUUGGCGACUGCGUGCGUAUUGCUCUGUGGCCGAUUCGCAUAGCAGCCAUGGCGGACAAGGCAGUGACUAUCCGUACUAGGAAGUUCAUGACCAACAGGCUUCUCUCUAGGAAGCAAUUCAUAAUUGAUGUUCUUCAUCCUGGAAGACCCAAUGUUUCCAAGGCGGAGCUGAAGGAGAAGCUGUCGAGAAUGUAUGAGGUGAAGGACCCAAAUGCAAUUUUUGUUUUCAAGUUCCGUACCCAUUUUGGAGGUGGAAAGUCAACGGGGUUUGGUUUGAUUUAUGAUUCUGUUGAGAACGCCAAGAAGUAUGAGCCCAAAUACAGGCUUAUCAGGAAUGGACUUGAUACCAAGGUUGAGAAGUCAAGGAAGCAGCUCAAGGAGAGGAAGAACCGAACAAAGAAAAUCCGUGGAGUGAAGAAGACAAAGGCUGGUGAUGCUGCCAAGGCUGGAAAGAAGAAAUGAGUUUUCUGGUGUUAUGAGAUAAUCAUAUGUAGGGAUUUGGGAUUUUUUAAUAGUCGGGGGAGUAUUCUCUUUGUAGUUUGUAGCUCCCUAUUUCAGACCCAUGUUAUCUGCUUUUGAGUUAUUUAAUGAGAUCCUUAAAUUUUGUUACGAAGGAUAUUCUUGAAAUGUUUAGGGAAUAGUAUCAGGUUCUGUGAUUGUAGCGGAAACUUUUUGAGCAAUAUUUUUAGAAGCUUGUGUGCCUGCUUUUUGAGUAGAAAUGAUGCCUUUUGGAUCACAUUUGACAUUGGGACCAAUUGUUAGUGAUGCUAGAUAGCCCGAAAAUGUGGCAGCCUGUAUCAACCCAAAUGAUGUGACUUUGGUGAUGUG